AUGUCUCGUAUCUGUGCCUCCUUUCCAGACCGUUCCCAGUUCAGGGCUCCCCACCCAUCCCGUAUCCAUCCGUCCGUCUGUCUAACCGGUUUCUAUUCGGCUAGUAGAGAUAUGGAUGAUGAGGUAUCGCUUGUUCAGUCGCCUCGAAUUGCAUCCACACCACAUGGAACCCUUCAACGCGCUCCGAGUAAUGCUGAGCCCGGGACAUCCACACUUCGUGGCUCCUCCAUCAGUCGUGCAGCCUCACGUCAGGCACUGGGAACGAGUCUCCUGGUGAAUGCGGCGCCUCCCAAUGAACUACAAAUUACAUCAACAGCUAAACUGACCACAACACCGACUUCAGCCGUUGCUACGGUAAUCUUUGAGGUGCCACGACCACCUGCCAUAGUAGCAUGCAACAAUGAGGAGGUGCGGGUCACCGUGGGUCUAAUUGACCUACAACCCUCAUAUGACUACGUCACUGUGCCCAAAAGAUCGCUCUCCGCUUUUCUCAAAGCUCGUGUCAAAAACUCCAGCAACUUCUAUAUUUUGCCUGGACAGACAAACAUCUACUCGGACAACACAUUCAUUGGCAAGUCGGAAUUAGGUGCCGUGGCACCAGGAGAGGAACUUUCCUGCGAAUUGGGCGCGGAAUCAGGCAUUGAGGUGAUCUAUCGGCCCAUGUUUAAGUCGAAGGAGAAUGCCUCCGGGCAGAAGGCCACAGUAAGCUUCAAGCAAGUAAUUGAUGUGCGUAAUACCUUCCAACGACCUGUUCGUGUGAUGGUUGUUGAUCAGCUGCCAUCUAGUGGGGAGGAUAAGAUCAAGGUGAAUCUAAUUGAGCCAAAUAUCAAGAAUCCAGAAAAGUACGAUAAGAAGAAGCCAAUUCGUAUGAACAAACACCACAACAUCGAGUGGGAUCUUGAUCUCCAUGCAGGUGAAACAAAGGAAGUUGUACUUCGUUAUACGGUGGAAUAUCCGGCCGUUGAGGAGUUGGAAGUCAGUGUUGCUGAGGACUAG